AUGCUGGCUGGCAUCUGGCUCACCUUCGUCAUCGACGAGAGCGCCAGUGCCAACCUGCUGUCCGUGCUCGCCCAGGAAUUGCAUGGCGUCCUGGACAUGCGCCGGAAGAGGUACUCGAAUGCCGACGGGGGCGGCGACAGCUUGUCCGCCCACAGGGCUGCGGUCCUGUCUCGCACAGUCGUCCCCUACCAGGAGGCGGCCGCGAUCACCGAGACGAGCCACGUGAGUUUUCGGUGCAGCCCCGGCUGCCUCCGGGGCCCGCGCCUGCCGCUGCUGCUGCUGCAGACCUUCCGGCCCUACGCGAUGCCACGGCCCGGCCUCCUGGCGCUCUGCGAGCUGUGGCUCAUGCUCGCCGGCCUGGAGUUCCAGUACGCCAGGCCCCUGGCGCAGUGCGCCUCCGCGGUGUGGCGCCUCAGCGACGAGGCUGGGCUCGCCGGCGGGGCGCGGCAACCGCGGGCCGGGGCGGCGGUCGCGGGGACGGCGACGCCCCGGCUGUCGCAGCUGAGGCAGCUGUGCGAGCUGGCCGUUCGGGUGGCGGGCACGCUGCCCCGGCGGCGGGGGUCCGUGCGCCACCGCUCCUCCGUGGGGGCGGCCUCUGGCAGCAGCUCGCUCGGCGCUGAUCGGCGCAGCACCGUCUCGGCCCACUCCGACCGGCGCAGCAGCAGCAGCGGGGGCCUCGGCGAUCGGCGCGCCAGCGCCGUGGGCGUCGCUGGCGGCGAGAGGCGCCCCAGCCUCGCCGGCUCCGCGGCGGGCCUGGCGGCGGGCCUGGCGGCAGGAGAGCUGUGCCCAGAGGCGCCGCCCUGGGCGCGCGUCGGGCUGUACCUGGCCUUUGAGGAGCUGUUUGGCUGCGGCGGCGGUCGGGUCGGGCGGCCGUGCUUCAGGCAGGUCCAGCACCUGCUGCUUAUCUCCGACGAGGAGACGCAGUCGGCCCGCAGGUGGUGGGACACCUGGGACGCUCGCGUGCACGCCACCGAGGCCUUCGGCGCGCUGGGGCUCGCCUGCUCCGAGCAGCAGGUGAACGCGGUGGUACAGAUGAGAUGCUGGCUCCGCGCGGACGGGAGCGAUGGCCCGCGCACUCGGGGUGUCCUCGUCCUUGCCGACAGCGCGCUGGGCAAGUCCGUGUGCGUCGACGCGCUCGUCGAGAGCCUGUCCAUGGCGGGUGAGCCCCAGGAACUCCGGCGCCUCAACGCCGCGUCCCUGGUGCUGGACGCCGCCGACGCGGCGCUGCGGCCGUCGGAGUCGGGGGCCAGAUUCGCUCCUCAGCCGGCCGAGCUGGGCGUGCUGGACGGCUCGGGGGCGCGCGCCGAGGAGGGCCCUGCGCCGGUCCGGUCGGUGCUUGUGCACAUUGACGGCGAAGUCGGCUGCUCGCUGCAGGGCGGCCUCGCCGCGGCGCUGGCCGGCGUGGGCGAGGUGGGCAUGGUGGGCCAGGCCGGGCUGCACCUCUCCGAGCAGUCCUGGCUGACCCUGGGCCCAGGGGCGUCCCAGGCGCACGGGAGCCUCGGGCUGGUGCUGGAGAUGUCCCCCGACGCCUCGCGGUCCCUGGGCCCCGACCUCGUCGCCCUCUGCGGCGUGGUGCACCUCGGGGCGCCCGGGGGCGCCGCCGAGGAGCGGGAGGUCUUCGUCGGGGGCUGGCUCGAGCAGGCGAGGGCGCGGUGGGGGGACGCGCUCGCUGGGGUGCUCGGCAACCUCAUCGAGGCCAUGCUGGAGCCGGUGGUGCUGCUCCUCUUCGGCGACGUCGCCCUCUCCGCCGACGGCGCGCGGGUGGAGGGCGACCUGCCGCCAGACGCGCCCGCGGCGCGCGUGCUGCUGGAGGCCUUCACCAGCGCGGAGGUGAGGAAGAUGCGGCGGCGCCUGGCGCUCUCGCGCCCGGCCGGCCUGGACGGCCUCUCGUCCGACUGGGCGCUGGGCCCGCUGCCGCGGCACCUGGUCCUGCUGCAGGUCCGCGACGCCUUCUUCGCGUUCUUCGGGGGCUGGCACCGACGGGCGGCGGCGAAGGAGGCCAACCCCUUCCUGCAGGAGCCGCGCCCGCGCGACCCCAGCGCCGCGGGCGAGCCCGCGGCCGCCCCCGGCAUGGACUCGGCCAGCGCCUCGCCGGGCGACGGCGAACCCCGGGAGGCGGCGGCGAGCGCGUCGCAGGUCACCGUGGGCUUCCUGUUCGCGCUCUCCUGGGGCCUGGCGCCGCUGCUCGCGGAGGCCGCGCUGCCCCAGUUCCAGGAGGUGCUGGCCCGGCUCUACGAGGUGGCCCCGGGCAAGGCGGGCGGCGUGCCGCUGCCCUCCGAGUACAGCAUCUUCGACGCCGUGCCCGAGCCGUCGCUGCGCCACUUCCAGCACAUCGACAUGGUGCUGAGCGAGCCCGAGAAGGCGGACCUCGACGCGUACGUGCACGUGCCCACCAAGACCGUCCGGCGGUUCCUCUCCCUGGCCAUGGUGCUGGCGCCCUCGCAGACGCACAUGUGCCUCCUGGGCCCCCCCGGCAGCGGGAAGAGCGCGGCCGUCGGCGCGCUGAUCUCGAGGCUCCCGCUGCAGGCGGCGCCCGCGGCGCUGCCGCCGUUCCACUCGAUCCCGCAGGGCGGCCGCGCACCGACGGCCAGGCCCUUCGGCGGCGCCGUGGCGGCGAGGUACCUGAGCGUGGCCCCCUGGACGCCGAUGGGGCUCUGGGAGCGGGUCCUCGCGCGCGACAUGGUGCCCAGCAGCCGGCGCGGCCUGCGCCCCGCGCUGGGCACGUGGUGCCUCUGCGUCGUGGACGACUGCCACUGCGCGCCCGGGCCGCUGGCGGAGGCCUGGCGCUUCGCCCUGGAGCGCGGGCUGGUGCACCUGCCUGGCGCCUCGGGGGCGCCCCCCCGCGGGGUCCAGAAGGCGGGCGCGGCGGGUGCGGGGCCCGCGAGGCGCGCCGGCCUCUGCGGCCUGCGCAGCGUGGAGGGCGCGGCCGUGCUGCUGACGGCCCGCUCCGGGACCGCCUUCUGUGAGAGGCGGAGCCUGCUGCGGCACCCCUGGCUCUUCAGCAUGGAGGAGGUCUCCGAGACGGACAUGCUGAACAUCAUCGGGGACAACAUCUCGCACUUCUCCUUCGUGAAGGACAUGCCGUCGGAGAUCCAGGCGCGCAAGAUGCGCUACGUGCGCCUGGUCCAGGGGUACAUGCUGCGCCUGCGGCAGAGGCAGGAGCUCGCGUCGGCGGUCACGCUGCACGCGUUCUUCCGCCUGUUCAAGAGCCUGCUCUGCCUGUCCACCAGCUGGCUGUCGGAGCUGAAGGCCGCGGACUUCCACGCCUUGAUGCUCCACGAGCUGGUGCGGGAGACGGUGGACCGCCUGGCCACCGGGCGGCAGCGAUCCGCCGCGCUUGCGAACCUCGCCGAGCUGCAGCUCGAGGUCUUCGGCGGGCUCGUCAACGUUGAGGGCAAGGACAUCGUGUACCCGUCGCCCGGGCUGGAGAGCACCCCCGCCGAUGGCGCCGAGGCGCUCGGCGGCCUGAGCGACAGCAGCAGCGAGGACAGCGACGGCGCGGCCGCCGCGCCGCAUGCGGCGGCCCCCGCGGCGGGGCGGGACCAGGUUCGGCUCAUGGCUCGGGCGCUCAGGGAGCUGCGCUUCGCGACGCUGCGCCUCGAGGGUGUUCGGGAGAGCCGGGGGCCGCCGGCGCGGCGGGAGAGCCGGGAGCCGCCGGCGCGGCGGGAGAGCUCGGGCACCGGCGGCGUGACCAGCGGGCAUGCCUACAGCGACGUCACGUCGAAGUACGAAGAGCUGUGCCGCACCAUUGGCCACGACCUGCAGGGCCGCUGGCAGCUGCGCGACUACCUGCCGCCGCUGCUCGCCAACACCCGAACCUCCACCCCGCCUCGCGCAGCGCGCCCCUGA